AACAAAAAUGAGAGGUUAUCUUGUAGUUGAUGUGCAGAAAAAAGAACUAAACUAGUAAGACUUUUGCGGUCCUGACUCAUUAUUUAUCCUUUCUCAUUUAAAUAAACAUCAACGAGUGACUAUGGGUGAUUCGUCAACGUUUGAUGUUGAAACGGCUAAAGCUGCUUUAAUGGAUAUUUUAGAGGCUUUUGAAAAACAUGAACAAGCUCCUAAGUUAGAGCAAGCAAAGAAGAACUGCGGCAAUGACAUGCUUAAAACAAUGCAAUAUGUUUUCCCGAUUCUCGUUCAAAUACAAAUGGACGUUAUCAAAAAGUAUGGUUUCUCCGACGAUCGCAAAGGAAUUGUCCAAUUCACACAAGAAAUUAAAGUGUUGGAACAAGAAGAUGAGACCAUCAUGAACCUUCAUGGCCAGAUACGUAGUUACUUUAUGCCACCCAUAAAUAUCACUAAUGAGGCUUUACUCUAGUGCAUACCGUCUCUCCUUCCUCAGUUCCUUGUACUUUUGUACCCAAAUUUUUAAUUAUAUUCUGAUCAAUUUUGUGUUGAACUAGCAUGCAAUCUGUUUGAAAUGAGAAAAUCCUUAUAUUGGUUAGAUUAGCACAUGAUUGUUUUUUUUUUUACUUCCCACCAAUUAUUUUAAUCUUGAUGAGUCGUACAAUCUUUAUUGUUUCAUUUACAUUAUUAUGAAGUAACAGAAAUAUUUUGACCAAUCAAACAUCAAAACACAAACAAUUGGCAUCUCAAGUAAGUGAUGUUACUCAUUUAACAUCCUUAUCAUACUUAAUUGAUUUAAAUUUGGUCUUUUUUCUACCCAGGGUUUUGUUGUUAACUGAAAUAUCUGUCCGUCAUUUUUAUUGUGCAAUUUUCUCCCCUUUAAUAGUUUCAUAAAUUUACCCUCUAAGUUUUCAGUUUUACUAUUUUUUUUUCUUCUUCUUUUUUUCUUUUUUUUUAAUUCAUGUAAUUACACAUUAAUAUAUCACCAUAAUUAUCCAGUGACCGAGUUUUCUUGAAAAAUAAAAAAUAAAAAUUGGCAGCAGUUACACGAAAGAAGUCUGUCUGCAAAAGGUUACCUUUGUAGGUGAUCUCAUUUGCAUAAAUGCGUCUAAUUAACAUAUUAUUUGAUGCUGGUUGUUAUGGCAUAAGUUCUUUUCUCAAGUUUUAUUGUAUCUUGGUGCAUCAUUGUUUCGGAAGAUCUCUCUUAUUUCUUCUGGUUUUUUUCUUAGGUAUUUAAAUGUUUUUUUGGUUUUUUUUUAAAGAUUUGCCACUCAAGUGCUUUUAAUUUAUCAUUUUACUUCUUUGAUAACUUAAUAUAAUUGUUGUCCCUUUUUUAUAUUGUAAAGUGCUAUUUUUUAUACCUACUUUUUUAAUCCUCAUCCUCUUGUCAGCUGGCAAGAAUACUUACAAUUUUGUAUUUUGAAUGUAUGAAUAAAUGUGUUUUAUUAAAAGGCGUGCCUUUCUCUUGGC